AUGUCGUCGUUUAUGGAUGAUUCGAUGAUAGGCCGCUGGCUUUCGGACCUCCCCAUGGAUGAUCCGACUCGAAAAUCGACAUCCCAUCCCCAGCUGCGUCGUUUUGUCCACCAUGAAAAGCCAAUCCGCUAUAAACAAUUUCUAGGAGGAGGCACAGAAGGUGACGUCUAUUUAGUCAAGAUCGAAGGCCGUGAAUAUGCUCUUAAGGUGCCCUUGAAGUUCAAACAAUGGAGAUUCGAUGCUCCUCUAUCAAUUAAGCGUCGUCUCAAGGAACGAGAAACCCACUAUGUUAGCCCUAUAGCAAAUGAAGCCAGAGCAUUUGCUAGGCUGGAUAGCCUGGGUAAAAACGGUACCUGGGCUGUUAAGUGCCAUGGCUGGAUGAAACUAUCUGGCAAACAGCGGCCCAAGUAUCUCAGUCAUCAUACCCCAUGGGCGAUCGUCAAAGACUAUAUCCCAAACCCAAUGACACUCGAUGAUGUCCCAGAGAUCCGGCGAAAAAUGAAGAUUGCCCGUAAGGCACUUCUAUUUCCUGACGACACCCAGCCUAGAAACUAUCGUGGCUCGUUUCUUGUUGAUCUUGGGCGUGUCACAACAUAUCCGUACCCGCGGGUUCUAUGGUCAAAUGAAAAGCGUCGGCAAUACUUCAAAUCGUUUGAUAAGGAAGCCAGUGAAUGGGUGGAAUGUGUAAGGGAUGGUGAAGUGAUUAGUGGCUCGAUAAAUGAAAUUCUCAAAGAGAACAUUAUAAGGGGCAUAGCCAUAGCGGAAGAGUAUGAAGAUGAGAAUCGAGCUGCCGAUUUACGAAGAAUGCUUAAAGAAGUAAGUUUCAUCAAGAUUUGGUUCUGA